CCGUGACGACCCACCCCUCCCGGAAGAAGCCAUGGCAUGACUUUGUGUUUUUCUUUUGCCAGAGAAGGGAGGGGAGGGGGGAGCCGCCCUCUGAGCCAAUGUCUCCCUUCUUGUACGCCGUCACCUCGCUCUGGUUUCACACCAGCCCGGCCAUGACUGCCUGGGAGCGCAAAGCAAGAAAACAAAAGAGGCGCCCCGGGGCCUUUUUGGCCUGCCUCACCAAGGGCUUUUUUGCUGGUGCCACCGAGCAAGAAACUCACACGCAGCCCCCCUUUGAACCAGUUUCCCGGGCGAGUUUGCGCCGUGCAAAGGAGCAGCCAGCAGCACCAGCAGCAGCAACAGGAGGUAGGAAACAGCGUCGACGCUGCAUCGGUGCAUCGGUGCAUCAAGCCCCAUUUUUUGGUUUUUGAGAUCCCAUCUUGUCUCUCGUGUCGGGAUGCCCCCUGGACGACGGUACAUUUGGUAGCACGGCAACGAUCCAUGUGCUCUUCUUCUUUAACGGCCUAACUCCCCAUUCCCUUCCCCCUCAUCCCGUUCAAAGACGCACCACUUCCAUUCAUUCCACUCCUCCCAGACAGACGACGUGGUGAUUUUUGUCUUGUCCAUCGGGCUGUUGCUGUGUGAAGUAGUCGUCCACCCUUCAUCACCACUAUCCAUCACAUCGUCACGGGCAACAGCAACAUCACCACCAUCGCCUAUCACUGUCCAUAUCGACCAUCACGACGUAACGGACUGCCGUGCUACAGUCGUCCUAUUCGUCCAUCGAUCCGCCCAACGCAUACGUACAUAUAUACGUCCCCAAUUACCGUUCUGCCUUUCUGGACCGUCUCUUCAAACAUCCAUCUCGUUGACCACAGUCGUUUCCCGUUGUCCAUCGAUACGUUAUUUCGUCCAAAACCCUCGACGUGGUGUGAAAGGUGACGCAGGUGCAGCCUGAUCGUUUAUUUUUUUUUCUUCUUUUCUUUCUUUCUUUUUUCUUCUCAUUCCGCUGUUUCGCAAUGAGCCGGCAAGCGGUGCUCACAGCGGGAGGCUUCCACGCGUACGGGCAUAGGAUGCAGGAUCACGAUAGUCAAGGACAUGGGUUUGUGGGAGAAGGGAGCCAGAGCCACUACGACGAGGGGCGGCUGCCCGCGCAUAUGGAGCUAAUGUACCCGCCGCACCCACACAACCACCAUACCCACAACCACCACCACCACAAUCAUAACCACCACCCUGAACUAGUUCCCGUCUACCACCAACUCCUUCCGCAUCAACCUCUCCAACAACAACCACAAACCCAGCUCCACAAACAACAGCAGCAGCAGCAUCUCGAGCAGCAGCGUCGUCGUCAUCAUCAACAACAACAGCUCCAGCAGCUCCAGCAGCACCCCGGCCACAUCGGACCCCGCCCGACCGCCGUCAGAAUGGUCGCCGCCGACUCUGCUUACGUGCUGCCUGAUGACGAGCUAGCCCAGCUCCAGAAACUGUCCGGUGACUACCAGCCCGAAACCACGGGUCCGCUUGUCGGCGAACGCCAAAGCAGCGCUGCCAUAACCGCCGAGUAUGCCAACGCGGAUCCCGUCUACAGGGCCAAAACCGCCGUCCUGCCCGACAAGUAUGCCUACUUCCGCACUUGUCUUGGUGAUGGCCACUGCGGUUGGCGAGCCGUCGCCUUCACCUAUUUCGAGUGCCUGAUCCGCGAGGCCAACGUCGCCAAAUUCGACACCGAGUUGGCUCGUUUGAUGUCCUUGGAAAACAUCUUCCACCUCACUUCCAUCCCGUAUGACAUGAUCCUCGACUUUGCCGAAGAUGCUUUUGACUUGCUGCGGAAGUUGGCCGAUGCACUGACUACUGGCGAUGCAAAUGCCGACGAUUUGUUGCUACAGGCUUUCAACCAGGACAACAUCUCAAUGGCCAUCAUCACCUACAUAAAGUUCCUCACGAGUGCCUGGGUACAAACCCACCCUGAUGACUUUGUGGGGUUCGUCACCAUGGGCGACCUCAAGACGUACUGUUCCCUCAACAUCGAGCCCUCCCAAUGUGAAAUCGACUAUGUAGCUGUCGCUGCACUGACCGCCGCUUUGAUCAAGCCGGCUGGCUUUGGAUUCGAGAUCAUGUAUCUGGAUCGUUCCCCUGGAGAGGAAGCAAACGUUACUCCGUUUUCUCAACCUACUGAACAGGGCGGGCUAUUACUUCCAACCAUCCGUUUGCUUUAUCGACCGGGCCACUAUGACAUCUUAUACAAAGCCGAAGAUUUCCCUGUACCGGUGCAGCAAGUACCAGAACAGGCACCACUGCGCGUAGCCCUCGCGAACCCUUACCAUGAUUCAUUUGUUGCGGCCCCUUCGAACGUCGAUCUAAUGGCUAUGAUACCCGGUCUAUACCCCACAGGUCUUGGUCAGAGGUGGCCUUCGGUCUCGUAUGAUUUCGAUUCAAGUCCCGCUCCACAGACGUCACAGGUAACCACCAUCCAACCGUAUCCUUCUGCUCCAGAAAUAGUUGCACCGACCCCCACCUCGCACCAGGAUUUCAUUCCCGUGGAUACUAGCCCGGUUGUUCAGCAGGCUCCUCCCAGCCAUCAUCCCAUCCAGCUUGAAGCCCCUCCCAUCACACUUCCGAUUCAACCCCCGCCACCCUCUGCCAGCCUGGACCGCGCACCUCUUACCCUUGAGCGAGGCGGACCAUUCAGACCUUCAAUGUACGAACUGGAGCAUCUGCAUGCGUUGCCACUCCAGACGGCCAUCUUCAAAAAUUCCCACUACAACACAGCUCAUUUCAUGAAUCCAGAUUUCCAGCCUGAAGCCUGGUCUCCCGAGUAUAGCUCGAAAGGCAAAAACAAAUCGCCUUCACAGUGA